GGGACUGGCCUUGGUACGGUAGCAGGUAAGGAGCACAUUGACCAACACUUACCUAAUGAUCAGCUUGAUGGCAAGCCACGUGUGGCGCAUAUCACCGGAUCCAACACUGUGACAGAUUCCUGGAAGCUUCUCGGUCAUCAUCAAUUACGACUACGCCUGGUGCCUUGGAUGUUGAUAGUACAUAACUGAGGGACUGGAAACGAUUCAAGCAGUUGCACUUUGAGACCUUUUCUCACAAGCAAUCGGCCCCUUGAAUCAGUAGCCUCGCCCUCAAAUUUCAUUGUUACGAUCACUCGAGCAGGCAUAGCUUUCAGUCGACCCAUAGCAGUACCAACAUGGACGUGCAUCUCUUGGUGUACGAUCUGUCCCGGGGUUUGGCCAGGCAAAUGUCCCAGGGCCUGCUCGGGUUCCAUCUUGAUGCCAUCUACCACACGUCGGUUGAGCUCAACGGCCGCGAGUAUGUCUACGACGGCGGCAUCGUUGCCAUCACUCCGGGGUCGUCUCACCUGGGGCAACCCAUGGAGCGGAUCUUUCUGGGGAAGACGGAGCUGCCCAUGGAUGUGAUUGAGGAAUUCUUGGAGUCCCUCAGGCCAAUCUUUACAGUCGAGGCCUACGACUUGUGGAAGCACAACUGCAACAACUUCUCAGACUCCCUUGCCCAGUUCUUGCUUGGGAAGGGCAUCCCAGAGCAUAUCAUCAAGAUGCCCGAUGCUGUUCUCAGCUCCCCAAUGGGCAGAAUGCUCAUGCCCCAGCUGAACCAGACCAUCAACUCCAGCAGACAGAAUGGUUCAAUUCUUGGAAUCCAGAGCCCUCAUUCCACCAACGGCUAUGGAUCAGCACCGCAGCCCACGAAACACCAAGCGAAGGUCAGAGUUGUUCACGGCUCCCAGGAACUGGACGAUGCUCUCAAGGCUGCAAAGAAGUCUUGUGCCGUCGUUCUUUUCACCUCUGCAACCUGUCCGCCGUGCAGAGCCAUCUCGCCCGUGUUUGAUGAACUGUCUGCAGAAGCUGCCGACAAGGCUGCUUUUAUCAAGGUCGACGUUGCCCAGCUUACGCCGCUUCCUGGGAAGAACUACCCUCGCGCGACCCCGACGUUCAUCACGUAUUUGCAUGGGGAAAAGGAGAAUGAGUGGGCUGGCGCUGACCCCGCUGCUCUUCGAGGCAACGUCCAACUCCUGCUGCAGAUGGCCUGGCCGCGGCAUCCUCACGAGUCUCUCAACCUGCCAAGCUUCUCUAACCCGAAUGCAGAACCAGUGCUGUUUUCCAAGGUGCCACCGCUGUUCAAGCUGCUAGGAAAGAUGGGUUCUACGGCAAACGAGCCAGUCGUUCAGGGGAUGAAGCAGUUUGUUGAGGCUCGUGACAAGGAGGGCGCUGCCGCCGCCAUUCUUCCAAACAUGUGCGAGGUCUCGGCGCUCAUACAGAAGUCAAUCGAGUCCCUACCUAUCGAGAUCAUGUUCACUAUUGUUGACCUCUUCCGAUGUGGGCUCGUGGAUGCCAGGUUCAGCGGCUUCUUCGCCGAGGAGCCGGAGCACAAAACCGUCUUGGCAGUUCUCAAUUUUGUCAAUUCGCACAGCGAAUGCCCCUAUGCCCUGCGGUUGGUAACGUUGCAGAUGGCGUGCAAUCUCUUCUCAACGCCGCUGUUCCCAGAAGAAAUCCUCCGCAACGAGGCGCUGAGGGCUCCGAUCAUCCAGUUGAUCUCGUCGAGCUUCCUCGAUGACAGCCACAAUAACGUGCGCGUAUCUGCCUCUUCGCUCAUGUUCAACCUAGCUCUGUUCAGCAACAAGGCAAGACGAGAGAAAUCAGGGGGCGUGCUGCCCGAGGGCGACACGGUCGAACUGGCUGCAUCGGUUUUGGAGGCCAUAGGACAAGAGGAGUCCUCUCCGGAGGCUCUACAGGGCAUGUUGCUCGCAUUAGGUAACUUGGUGUAUUGCGCACCGGCUGACAGUGAAGUAUCGGAUCUACUGAGGGCAAUGGACGCAGAGGAUGCGAUUAUGGCAAAGAAGAAGCAAUUCCCAAAUGAGAAGAUGGUGGCAGAGGUGGGCUCUGAGCUUCUGGGCAAGGGACUUAGACGGCUGUGACAGGCCCUGUAAGAUAUUAGACGGCGUGGCGUUGGGCGUUGACACCGUCAAACAAGUGUCGGGCUGUCUCUACCAAGUAGGUUUUUGUUUGCAUAGACUAUUUCUUUACUGCAACUUCACAUUCGAGCUGACCAC